AUGUAUUCUUAUGCGUAUCUAGAGGGAGAGCCAAAUUGGAGAGAAAACAAAGAUGCUGAAGGAUUUGAUUUCAUAUCAACAGAUUUCUGUUCUGAAAUCAUUGAAGAUUUUAAAUCGUUAAGAAUCUUACGUCUUUCAAAAACAAAAAUCAAAAAUUUAACUCUCAAAGGCCUUCCAAAUCUAGAAGCAAUUGAACUAAUUAAAUGUGAAGAACUUCUUAAAUUUACUGUGCUCAAUUGUCCGAAACUCCAAGCUAUUGAUGCUAGUUUCUGCACUGAAUUGUGCUCAAUAGAAGGGAAAUUCCCAAAAGUUGAAUAUUUUUCAUGUCCAGCGGCAAAGAUCUCUAAGUUACCAAAAAUGCCUAAUCUUUUAUAUCUUAAUAUUGACUGGUGCAAUAAUUUGCGUCGUGUUGACAUAAAGGCUUUCAAGAAUCUCGAAAAAUUUCACUAUUUAUCAUAUGAUCCUGGAGAAUAUUCAUUAUCUGACAUUUCUUCUCAUCCUAGCCUGCGUGUUUUCCAAAUAUCGAAUACAAGAUUUACUUUCGACAAAUUUAAAUCGAAAUCGAAACUAAAAUUCCUCUGUUUUGAUCAAUCCGAAUUCAAAGGUGAUCCUUCUAUUAUCCCAGACAGUGUUUUUGUUAUAUUGUCAAGAGGAAACACAAGAGGUGUUUAUUCAGAACUUGGUUUCCUCAAUUGUGACCGCACAAUGAAAUUAUUGUAUGGUCCAUGGGGAAUUCCACCCAAUGAGAACAAGAUCCUCCCACCAGUACCCAGUGUAUUUACUCCACCUGCUGAGUUUGAUCUCAAAAUUGCAAGCGAUUCUAUUGCAGGCGCUAUUUUCGGAAGCGCUAUGAUGGACAUGAUUGGAUUAGGUGUUGAAUUCGCAACAAGAGCAAUAGCAAUGAUGAACUUAAGUCAUCCUUUAGAUAUUACAUGGACACAUCCAUGGAUGUCAACACAUACAUCAUCAUUUACUAGAGGAACAGCAACAGAUGAUACAUCACAAGCUGUUUUAAUUAUGCGAUCUCUUGUUAGAGCAAACGUAAACAAAACCAAAGAAGAAGACAUGAUCAAAGUUGGAAAUGCUUUUAUUGAUAUUCAUGACUUUGCAGAGCGUUUGAAAGACUGGAUGAAAGAAGGCCAUGUUGAGCAUAGAGAUGGUGGAGCUCCUGAUUUUGGAUCAACAACAGGAAGAGUUUUAUCAAGGCAAAUUUUUGUUAGUGAUCCUUUCCAAGUUUCAAAGGAAGUAUGGGAAAAAACAGUAAAAUAG